AGCUCAUCCGCCCCACUGAUUCGCUGUCUGCCUUUCCCAAUUAACGACUGGAGGGGUCGCAAUCUGCAGCAUGACAGGAUUUUUAUCAGGCAGCGCAGGUAUAUACCUACGCGACCAGGUCGGGGGCCAUUCCUGACAGGAGAUUUGAACGGCCUCCUGCCCACUUUGCCCUUCCUCCUCUUUCACUACCUUCUUCCAACCUGCGCCAUGUCCGACCACGACCUUUCUGAGAACCGUCCCAGACACGUCGAUCGGAAGGCCCUCUACACCGAUCUAGAAGCGCGGAUCGAUUAUUUGCAGAGAUUUCUCGAUUUCAAUGCCGACGAUGUCGCCGCCCUCGUCCGAGGCGCCAAAUAUGUCAAGGCCCUCGCCCCGACCAUCGUGGAUAAGGUGUAUGCAAAGCUUUUAGAGGCCGACAUCACCGCCCGAGUCUUCCGCACCCGAAACACGGCCGUAGAAGAAGAACCGGAUGAUUAUCCGACCAUCGACAGCCCCACAGUCCAGCGUCGCCGCCAGUUUCUUCGAUGGUACAUGACGAAACUGUGUUCUGACCCGACCAAACCCGAAUUCUGGCGCUAUCUCAACCAAGUGGGGAGGAUGCAUUAUGGCAAGGAACGACUGCACUCAUUGAACGUCGAGUAUAUCCAUAUUGGCGCCUGUCUUGGCUUUAUCCAGGACAUCGUCCUCGAGGCGGUCUUGACCUUUGAGAAGCUCUCCCUACCUUUUCGACUGGCGCUAGUCCGAGCGCUGGGCAAGGUGAUCUGGAUUCAGAAUGACCUUUUUGCGCGAUGGCGUCUGCGUGAUGGCGAAGAAUUCACAGAGGAGAUUGAAGCGUCUCACAAGCAACAAGAAAACGGUGCUCAAGUGACUCCUAAGCCCAGCUCGACCCACCUGCGCGCAGACUGUUGCGUCAAGACCGCCACCGCAAGUUCGACGUCAUCGUCCUCCUAUGCAAGUGUUUUCUCCGAGGCAUCGUCAGUGGAGACUGCGCCAUCACCGCCCACCAUUUCCACCCCCAACCCAUCCUCCCGGUCCUCGGGGUGUCCUUUCUCGCAGAUGCCCAUACAAUCGUUUGAGACCAAGGUCUGGUCAAGCGCUUGGAAUUCACAAUCGGCGGGACCAACAGGAACUCCACGGUGAUCCGCGGGACACCUUUCUCGAUAUGAUACGCGUAAUGAUAAU